GGCCACCCGAAUCCACCUUCUCAGGUAUCAGUUUCCUAAGGAAAGGAAUUCCCUAGCAAGGCCUCCCAGUUCCCCACCCCUCAGGGCGCCCCGGGUGAUAUGGAGACAUGCCCCCAGACUCCCACGCCCUUCCAGACUUCUCUUUCCCGCCAUAAGUUGCCAAGGAGGCUCUUCUAAACCUGAGACGCCCCCACUCUUCCACCAGGUCCCUAAAGAAUCAACACCCUAGACCAGGCACGGCCAGGCUGGUGGGAAGUCCCCCCACCUCCCUUCGUCCCCGUUACUGUGGGGACUCCCUAGCAACAGAACUCAGAAUCCUGGGGCCUUGUGGGCAGGUGGGUGGGGCUGGUUGCUGGGGGGAUGUCCUGUGAGGCCUCUUCCCACAGUGGCCCCAGGGGUCUGGGGAGGUGACAUGUUGGGCUCUGGGAUCCCAGCGCUGGGCCUGCUCCUAUUGCUGCAGGGCUGGGCAGACGGAAGUGGAAUCCAGGGAUUCUUCUACCCAUGGAGCUGUGAGGGUGACAUAUGGGAUCGGGAGAGCUGUGGGGGCCAGGCGGCCAUCGAUAGCCCCAACCUCUGCCUGCGCCUCCGGUGCUGCUACCGCGAUGGGGUCUGCUACCACCAGCGUCCAGACGAAAACAUGCGGAGGAAGCACAUGUACACGCUGGUCUGGACGUGCAGCGCCCUCCUCCUCCUGAGCUGCAGCAUCUGCUUGUUCUGGUGGGCCAAGCGCCGGGACGUGCUGCAUAUGCCCGGUUUCCUGGCGGGUCCGUGUGACAUGUCCAAGUCCGUCUCGCUGCUCUCCAAGCACCGAGGGACCAAGAAGACGCCGUCCGUGGGCAGCGUGCCAGUCGCCCUGUCCAAAGAGUCCAAGGAUGUGGAGGGGGGCACUGAGGGGGAAGGGACGGAGGAGGGUGAGGAGACGGAGGACGAGGAAGAGGAGGAUUAGGGGAGUCCCCGGGGGAAUGCUCAAUACAGAUAUGGUGGACAGAUGCAUGUUCUCUUCUCUGAGAGGCGUGGGGAGCAGGGGGCACGGUGCACACAGAGGC